AUGUCCCGUGCGACCCGCCCGCAUUUUUCCUACGAUUCGCGCGAAGCAUUUCCCCUUCAAGCCACCCACAUUUCCCCGUCGAUUCAGUCGCAUUUCCUCAUCGAUGAGCCAGCUAUAGGCGAUCCCGCCGCCAAAAUUUCAGAUUCCCGUCGACUGCAGAUCCCCUUCUCGUCGGCCGCAUUACCCUUACCCGUCGACCCCACAUCCCUUUUCCGUCGACUACCACUUCUUGCCUUCCCGUCGUCCGCACCACACAGCACUCGCCCUCACACUCCCCCCGUCCCUCAUCUCCCCGUCCCUCACCUCCCCAUGCCUCUCCUCCUCAUCCCUCAUCUCCCCAUCCCUCACCUCCCCGACCCUCAUUUCCCCAUCCCUCAUCUCCCCAUCCCUCUCCGCGGCAUCUCUCACAUCCCCAUCCGUCACCUCCCCAUGCCUUACCUCCCCACCCCUCAUCUUACCAUCCCUCAUCUCCCCAUCCCUCACCUCCCCGACCCUCAUUUCCCCAUCCCUCAUCUCCCCAUCCCUCUCCUCCUCAUCUCUCAUAUCCCCAUCCGUCACCUCCCCAUGCUUUACCUACCCACCCCUCAUCUUACCAUCCCUCAUCCCCCCAACUCUCAUCUCCCCAUCCCUCAUCUCCCCAUCCCCGCCUCCCCAUCCCUUCCCUCCCCCGCCUCCACAUCCCUUCCCUCCCCAUCCCUUCCCUCCCCAUCCCUCACCUCCCAGUCUCUCAUCUCCCCGUCCCUCACCUCCCCGUCCCUCACCUCCCCGUCCCUCACCUCCCCGUCCCUCACCUCCCCGUCCCUCACCUCCCCAUGCCUACCCACUCCGUCCCUCAUCUCCCCAUCCCCACCAACCGUGACGUGCAAUUCCCCUGUCGUCCACUCUCCUCACCCCAUCUCCUCACCCCAUCUCCUCACCCCAUCUCCUCCUCACCCCAUCUCCUCCUCACCCCAUCUCCUCCUCGCCCCAUGUCCUCCACACCCCAUCUCCACCUCACCCCAUCUCCUCCUCAUCCCAUCUCCUCCACACCCCAUCUCCUCCUCACCCCUCCUCCACACCCCAUCUCCUCCUCACCCCAUCUCCUCCACACCUCAUCUCCUCCUCACCCCAUCUCCUCCACAUCCCAUCUCCUCCACACCCCAUCUCCUCCUCACCCCAUCUCCUCCUCACCCCAUCUCCUCCACACCCCAGCUCCUCCACACCCCAUCUCCUCCUCACCCCAUCUCCUCCAUACCCCAUCUCCUCCUCACCCCAUCUCCUCCUCACCCCAUCUCCUCCACACCCCAUCUCCUCCUCACCCCAUCUCCUCCACACCCCAUCUCCUCCAAACCCCAUCUCCUCCACACCCCAUCUCCUCCUCACCCCAUCUCCUCCUCGCCCCAUCUCCUCCACACCCCAUCUCCACCACACCCCAUCUCCUCCUCGCCCCAUCUCCUCCACACCCCAUCUCCUCCACACCCCUCCUCCUCCACACCCCAUCUCCUCCUCACCCCAUCUCCUCCACACCCCAUCUCCUCCACACCCCUCCUCCUCCACACCCCAUCUCCUCCUCACCCCAUCUCCUCCUCACCCCAUCUCCUCCACACCCCAUCCCCUCCUCGCAUCUCCCCAUCCCUCAUCUCCCCAUGCCUUAUCUCCCCAUCCAUCAUCUCCCCAUCUCUCUUCUCCCCAUCCCGGGUUCUCCCUAUCCCUCACCUCCCCAUCGCUCAUCUCCCCAUCCCUCAUCUCCCCAUGCCUCAUCUCCCCAUCCCUCAUCUCCCCAUCCCUCUUCUCCCCAUCCCUCAUCUCCCCAUCCCUCAUCUCCCCAUCCCGCUCCUCCCCAUCCCUCAUCUCCCCAUCCCUCUCCUCCCCAUCCCUCAUCUCCCCAUCCCUCAUCUCCCCAUCCCUCAUCUCCUCAUCCCUCAUCUCCCCAUCCCUCAUUUCCCCAUCCCUCAUCUCCACAUCCCUCUCCUCCUCAUCUCUCAUAUCCUUAUCCGUCACCUCCCCAUGCCUUAUCUCCCCAUCCCUCUCCUUACCAUCCCUCAUUUUACCAUCCCUCAUCUUACCAUCCCUCAUCUUCCCAUCCCUCAUCUCCCCAUCCCUCAUCUCCCCAUCCCUCAUCUCCCCAUCCCUCUCCUCCUCAUCUCUCAUAUCCCCAUCACUCACCUCCCCAUGCCUCAUCUCCCCAUCCCAACUUGCUGUCAACCACUGCCAUCACUGGCAACCUGUCCCCGCACCUGA